UUUGUUCUAAAAAUUGAAAAGUUGUCACAUAUCAUAGGUGCGCGUAUCCCAAGACCUACGGUCUCCGUCCCCGAUUCCAUCACAUGACCGGGGGCUAGGAGAUCGCAUGAGAUAGCACGGCGCACGCGCGAGUCAUUGCGCGUGCGUUGAAGCGCGAAAAACAUCGAAGAUCGACGAUCGCCCGAUAAAUUUUACAAAAGCUCUGCCUAUUUCCAACGCAGUCGGAAAAACUACUGGGCCGUAACAGAAAUAACAUAACACCAACGUAGUUGGUAGUUAUUGAAACGAAAGCUAGCGUUCCAACGCAGUUGGACAAGCAAAACUGAUCCACCGACAAGCUUCAUAGAAAUGGCGGCGACCGACAAGAAUGAUGAUACGAGCGUGGGCUUGACUGGCAGCUCAAAGGAACAAACUCUCGUUGAAAUGUUCAAGUCAGUGUUGACUGAGUUGAGAGACCUUAAAGAAACAGUCGCUCCUUUGGUGGAACCCGUUUACGAGGAUGAACGGGAUGAUAAUGUAGAAAUCAUUAACUAGUUAAUGAUAGUUAAUUAACCAGUGAGAGAUUUCAGUAUAUCAGUUAAUGUUCUCGAUUUCGUGUCAGUUGUCUUGAUAUCCGGAGUGGAGACGUAAGCUCGACCCACCCUCCACUCCCAGUUUUUGGUUUAUUGUACAGUAGGGUCCCGUUUUAUUCAGACUGUCCAAUAAACAUUUUUUAGCCCAAACUGUUGUCGUCUCGUUAUCACGUGGGUUGAUUUAGAACAGGACGACGAAGAAUUAACCGCUGCAGGCGUGGGCGAACGGCCGCCUGGGGACAUCGGCAAUAAGCCAACAGAAAAGGCCUCAGGUAGCAAACUGCUUGCCGAAAUAGUCCAGGAACUCGACAUCAGUGAAAAAACGGGAGAUGAAGUGGAUGGAGGGCUUGUAAAGUUCAUGGACGGACUCCUCAAGGAUAAACUACAGGAGGACAAAGUCCAAACUAAAAUUGAGAAAUAUCCACGGCCCGGAAAUGUCGAGGGUUUACGAACCCCAAGAGUGAAUCCAUUUAUCUGGAGUCCAAUUCCCGCCCAAGUUCGCACCAGUGACUCAAAAUCGCAAAAGUCACAGAACGCACUUGUUGCCUCCAUUGUUGCUAUGAUCAAAGCGACUAAUUUGAUGCUCGAACAAGAAGAUAAAGACGCCAAAGCGAAGGACAAAGCAGUAGUGUCAACAUUGACAGAUGCCACAACAUUGGCCAUGCAAUGCUUUCAUGAUAUGAAUGCGUCGAGGCGCCUGGCGAUGAAGAAAGACCUACAUCGCGACUACUCGGCCCUCUGUACUUCUACUACAAUCCCUCCUACCUCAGAGGACUUGUUUGGGGAUCUAUCCAAACUAAAAAAGGAUAUUUCCGAUGCCAACAAACUGGCCAAGAAAGUCAGGCCACCACAAGCGCGAGCUCACGGCAGGAAAUACAGCUCGAGCUCCCAGCGCAAUCAGGGGUGUCAAGGCAAUCGGCGAUACCAGCCGUACCAACGGCCAAGGAAUGAUUUUUUAUCCAAAGGCCGUCCCCCAUGAUCAAAAUUCAAGAAGGAGGGAGACACGAAACAAAAUUAAUGCCGAUUACGGCCGCAACAAAGGUAUGUAGAAAACAAACAACUACUGAUAGUAAAGAUACUGAACUACAUGCUUUAUUUAACAAUCAGCCGCGCUUUCGAGCGGGCCAAAUUGUCAGCGCCUUGUCUGAAUGGCGGCCCAUAACAUCAGACCCCACAAUUUUAGAAUUUGUUACGGGAGUGAAAAUAGAAUUCACUCCAGGCUUAAGGCCAGAGCAAGAUAAUGUGUGGUCAAGAUACUCAAUUUACGGGCUUUCAGUGAAUUUGUUCAGUACCACCAUUUUAAAAUGGAUACCUUAGAAAUGGCAGUGAAAAUGAUGAAGCCUGGAUGCUUCAUGGCCUCAAUUGAUCUAAAAGAUGCCUAUUACACAAUACCCAUUUUUCAUGCACACCCAAAAUACCUGAAAUUUAUAUUUAGUGGUACACUUUACCAGUGUACAUGCAUGGCAAAUGGACUCAGUUGUGCACCACGAGUUUUUACUAAACUCCUUAAACCAGUUUAUGCCACACUGCACAACCUAGGGUAUCUGAGCCUAGGCUACAUUGAUGAUUCUUACUUACAAGGUGACACAUCAUCUGCGUGCCUUGAAAAUAUUAAAGUCACAGCUUCGCUAUUUAAGAAAGUAGGGUUUCACUUACAUCCUACCAAAUCAGUUAUAAUCCCUACUCAGCG